GUGGGCUCUUCACACGUCACUUUCUCGUGUUUUUUUUUUGCCGUUGGUUCUGUCAGCGGAGCGGCGCUUGAAAACCCGGAGAGAGAGUAGCACGAAAACAACAAAAAGGACCCCGAGAUGACCGACCGGAUCAUGCAAGCGGCUCGAUGCCCGACGGACGAACUCUCGUUGACCAACUGUGCCGUCAUCAACGAGAAGGAGCCCCAGUUUGAACAACAUGUGACGGUGCGCAAUUUAGCCCACAUGUACGUGUUCACCUUGAAGAAGCAUCCCAGCGUUAACUCCGGGACCAUCGCCUUCAGCCUGCCGCAGAGAAAAUGGGCCGGCCUAUCGAUCGGACAAGAGGUUAAAGUAACAAACUACACGUUCGACAAGUCCAAACAGUGCAUCAGCAGCAUGACGGUGGAGAUUGACUUCCUGCAGAAGAAGAGCGUGGACAGCAACCCCUACGACUCCGACAACAUGUCCAGAGAGUUCGUCCUGCACUUCAACAACCAGGCCUUCAGCGUCGGCCAGCAGUUUGGGUUUAGUUUCUGUGACAAGCUGUUCGGCUUGGUGAUAAAAGACAUUGAGACCAUGGACCCGAGCAUCCUGAAGGGAGAACAAGGCUCUGGCAAGAAACCCAAGAUUCAGAUCGGUUUGUUGCUGGGAAACAGCCAGGUGAUUUUUGAGAAGUCGGAGACCUCGUCUAUGACUCUGAUUGGGAAAGCCAAGACCAGAGAGUCUCGCCAGUCCAUCAUCAGCCCGGACUGGAACUUCGAGAGGAUGGGCAUCGGCGGCCUCGACAAGGAGUUCUCUGACAUCUUCCGCAGAGCCUUCGCCUCGCGGGUCUUCCCUCCAGACAUCGUGGAACAGAUGGGCUGUAAGCAUGUGAAGGGCAUCCUGCUGUUCGGGCCCCCGGGCUGCGGGAAGACCCUGAUGGCGCGGCAGAUCGGCAAGAUGCUGAAUGCCCGGGAGCCCAAGAUCGUCAACGGCCCCGAGAUCCUCAACAAGUACGUCGGCGAGUCGGAGGCCAACAUCAGGAAGCUGUUCGCGGACGCGGAGGACGAACAGAAGAGGCUCGGGGCGAACAGCGGCCUCCACAUCAUCAUAUUCGACGAGAUUGACGCCAUCUGCAAGCAGCGCGGCAGCAUGGCGGGCAGCACGGGCGUCCACGACACCGUGGUCAACCAGCUGCUGUCCAAGAUCGACGGCGUGGAGCAGCUCAACAACAUCCUGGUCAUAGGUAUGACCAACAGGCCGGACCUGAUCGACGAGGCCCUGCUGAGGCCGGGGAGGCUGGAGGUGAAGAUGGAGAUCGGGUUACCGGAUGAAAGGGGCCGCAUCCAGAUCCUCCACAUCCACACGGCGAAGAUGCGCCAGUACGAGCUGCUGACCGCCGACGUGGACAUCAAGGAGCUGGCGGCGGAGACGAAGAACUACAGCGGCGCCGAGCUGGAGGGCCUGGUCCGGGCGGCACAGUCCACCGCCAUGAACCGGCACAUCAAGGCCAGUAACACGGUGGAGGUGAACAUCGAGACGGCAGAGAAGCUGCAGGUCAGCAGACUGGACUUCAUGGGCUCCCUGAACAACGACAUCAAACCUGCGUUCGGCACCAAUCAGGAGGACUACGCCAGCUACAUCAUGAACGGGAUCAUCCGGUGGGGCGACCCGGUGUCGGCGGUGCUGGAGGACGGGGAGCUGCUGGUGCAGCAGACGAAGAACAGCGAGCGCACGCCGCUGGUGUCCGUGCUGCUGGAGGGUCCGCCGAACAGCGGGAAGACGGCGCUGGCCGCUAAGAUCUCGGAAGACUCCCAGUUCCCCUUCAUCAAGAUCUGCUCCCCCGACAAGAUGAUCGGACACUCGGAGAUCGCCAAAUGCCAAGCCAUCAAAAAGAUAUUCGAAGACGCCUACAAGUCCCAGCUGAGCUGCGUGGUCGUGGAUGACAUCGAGCGUUUGUUAGACUACGUCCCCAUCGGCCCUCGUUUCUCCAACCUGGUGUUGCAAGCGCUGCUGGUGCUGCUGAAGAAACCUCCCCCGAAGGGUCGUAAGCUGCUGAUCAUCGGCACCACGAGUCGUAAAGACGUCCUCCAGGAAAUGGAGAUGUUGGACGCGUUCAGCACCACCAUCCACAUUCCCAACAUCUCGAGGGGCGAGCAGCUUGUCGAGGCCCUGGAGCUGCUCGGCAGCUUUCAGGACGUGGAGCGCGCCGGCAUCGCCAAAGCUGUAAAGGGCCAGAACCUUUGGAUCGGCAUCAAGAAGCUGCUCAUGCUCAUCGAGAUGGCCGUGCAGAUGGAUCCGGGCUACAGAGUUAGCAAGUUCCUGAGUCUCCUGAAGGAUGAAGGAGCACUCGGUUCCGAUAAGUUUCUCUAGACUCGGUGGAGCCGCACAGUGAAACAGACGACAUCGUGCAGCUGUUGACCAGACGAAGGAUGCGAUGUGUACUUUAAAAGGAAAAGGAAACGACUCUAUCGUCCCGCAUGUUGGCAAAGUUCCAGAAGGCUUUUCCUCUUAAGUUUAUCUGGCUAAUCCUGCUCGGUGAGGGGGCGUCCCACGAGGACGGGGUUGCCCAGGGUGACGACGAGCAACGACGACAAAAAACAACAUCAACAACUCCUGAGCAACUUUUCAAGUCGCAGCCGGAGCGUUCGCUUCUUCUCAUCUCCGCCCCGAAGAGACGCCGACGCCUAGAAAUAGGUCGACUACACAGUCGCUCUCUCGUGGCGCCACGUCUGUCUCACUUCUACUUGUCUCUGAUCAUCUCCUCAGCUGCGGAGCAACGGAAGAUGGAGGAGGAGGAGGAGGAGGAGGAGGAGGAGGAGGAGGAGGAGGAGGAGGAGGAGGAGGAGGAUGAUGAUGAGUUUCCUCCCUCCCUCCUUGCCUAUGCAUCCUUUCCUUUACCUCCCUGAAGCUCCAUGCACUGCAGCGUUUCUGCAGCAGCAACCAACCAGACGAACCUCCUCAUCAUCAGCACUGUGUGAACACACACACACACACACACACACACACACACACACACACACACACACAGUGGUGUCGGUGUAUAUUGAAGAAGACUGGUGCUGUAAUCUCCAUGUGAUGCCCUGAGCAUUUUUUUAUUAUAUAUAUAUAUAUAUAUAUAUAUAUAUAUAUAUAUAUAUAUAUAUAUAUAUAUAUAUAUAUAUAUAUAUAUAUAGCCCUUAUUUGUGUUCUGUAAUCUAAUCAUUGCUCCAUCUCUUAACGAUCUCACUUUGUUCUUAACACACAUUAUGUACGUGCUCAUGUCUGACCUUGUUUUCUUUUUAUGAAUAAAUUAAUUAUAUUAAUCUG